UUGAACCCAUUCAAAAGGUCGGGGCGUUUCAAGAUCCAAUUUCUCGUUAAAUUCACCAGAUAGAUAUUGAAGAAUGGCGGACGGUGAAGACAUUCAACCGCUUGUUUGUGAUAAUGGAACUGGAAUGGUUAAGGCUGGAUUUGCGGGUGACGAUGCGCCAAGAGCGGUUUUCCCGAGCAUUGUAGGACGUCCACGCCACACGGGUGUGAUGGUUGGGAUGGGACAAAAGGAUGCUUAUGUUGGAGACGAGGCUCAGUCAAAACGUGGUAUCUUGACUCUCAAGUAUCCAAUUGAGCAUGGAAUUGUUAACAAUUGGGAUGACAUGGAGAAGAUUUGGCAUCACACUUUCUACAAUGAGCUUCGUGUUGCCCCUGAAGAACAUCCGGUUCUCUUAACCGAAGCUCCUCUCAACCCAAAAGCUAACCGUGAGAAGAUGACUCAGAUCAUGUUUGAGACGUUCAACACUCCUGCUAUGUAUGUUGCCAUUCAAGCUGUUCUCUCACUCUAUGCCAGUGGUCGUACAACUGGUAUUGUUUUGGACUCUGGAGAUGGUGUGAGCCACACGGUACCUAUCUACGAAGGUUACGCACUUCCACACGCAAUCCUACGUCUUGACCUAGCUGGUCGUGACCUCACGGACCACCUCAUGAAAAUCCUGACAGAGCGUGGCUACUCCUUCACCACAACUGCUGAGCGUGAAAUCGUCAGAGACAUGAAAGAGAAGCUCUCUUACAUAGCUCUAGACUACGAGCAAGAGCUAGAGACAUCGAAGACAAGCUCGUCCGUCGAGAAAAGCUUCGAGCUUCCCGACGGACAAGUGAUAACCAUUGGAGCAGAGAGGUUCCGGUGCCCUGAAGUUCUGUUCCAGCCGUCAAUGAUCGGAAUGGAAAANCUGGAAUCACCAAAUUUGACAUCUAAAACUCAAAGAAAGCACUAA